CAGAGGGUCAGUACAGUCCUGGCCCAGGGUGGGAGCGGAAGCGCAGGCCGCAGGCCCUGGGAGGGAGUGAAUCCCGGAGCCGCACCAUGGGGAACCGGGGGAUGGAGGAUCUCAUCCCGCUCGUCAACAAACUGCAAGACGCUUUCAGCUCGAUCGGCCAGAGCUGCAACCUCGACCUGCCGCAGAUCGCAGUGGUGGGCGGGCAGAGCGCCGGCAAAAGCUCGGUGCUGGAGAACUUCGUCGGCAGGGAUUUCCUUCCUCGUGGCUCUGGAAUUGUCACUCGCCGGCCACUCGUCCUGCAGCUCAUCAAUGCAAAAACGGAGCAUGCCGAGUUUCUGCACUGCAAAGGGAAGAAAUUUACAGAUUUUGAUGAGGUUCGGCAGGAAAUUGAAGCUGAGACGGACAGAGUUACUGGGAGCAAUAAAGGGAUCUCGUCAAUUCCCAUCAACCUGAGGGUGCAUUCCCCACAUGUGUUAAAUCUGACAUUGAUUGAUUUACCGGGUAUCACCAAGGUGCCAGUUGGUGAUCAGCCAGCUGAUAUCGAGCACCAGAUCAAAGAAAUGAUCAUGCAGUUUAUCAGCAAAGAGAACUGCCUCAUCCUGGCUGUCACUCCAGCAAACUCUGACCUCGCCAACUCAGAUGCACUCAAGAUUGCCAAGGAGGUUGACCCACAAGGUUUAAGGGUCAUUGGUGUGAUUACAAAGUUGGAUCUAAUGGAUGAAGGGACUGAUGCCCGCGACAUACUGGAAAACCGGCUCCUUCCUCUUCGCAGGGGCUACAUUGGCGUGGUGAACAGAAGCCAGAAAGAUAUUGAUGGUAAGAAGGAUAUCCGUGCAGCCCUGGCGGCUGAGAGGAAGUUUUUCCUGUCUCACCCCUCAUACCGGCACAUGGCUGAUCGUAUGGGGACCCCACACUUGCAGAAGAUACUGAAUCAGCAACUGACGAACCACAUCCGUGAAACCUUGCCUGCGUUGAGGAACAAGUUACAGAGUCAGAUGCUGUCCCUGGAGAAGGAGGUUGAGGAAUAUAAAAACUUCCGGCCAGAUGAUCCCACCAGGAAAACCAAAGCACUCCUCCAGAUGGUGCAACAGUUUGGGGUGGAUUUUGAGAAGAGAAUUGAAGGCUCGGGUGACCAGGUGGAUACAGUGGAACUGUCUGGAGGUGCAAGAAUUAACCGCAUCUUCCACGAACGAUUCCCAUUUGAGCUGGUGAAGAUGGAGUUUGAUGAGAAGGAGCUGAGAAGAGAGAUCAGCUAUGCAAUCAAAAAUAUCCAUGGUGUCAGGACGGGGCUCUUCACCCCAGACAUGGCAUUCGAAGCCAUAGUGAAAAAGCAGGUGCACAAGUUGAAGGAGCCGUGCCUGAAGUGCAUUGAUAUGGUGGUCUCCGAACUGGCGACUGUCAUCAGAAAGUGUAGCGACAAGCUCAACUCCUUUCCCAGGUUACGAGAGGAGACGGAGAGAAUUGUAACCACUCAUGUCCGAGACCGGGAGGGAAAGACCAAGGACCAGAUCCUCUUGUUGAUUGACAUCGAACUGUCCUACAUCAACACAAACCACGAGGACUUCAUCGGAUUCGCAAAUGCACAACAGAGGAGCAGCCAGUUAACAAAGAAACGAGCGGUUCCAAAUCAGGGUGAGAUUCUGGUUAUUCGCAGAGGUUGGAUCACUAUCAAUAACAUCAGCAUCAUGAAGGGUGGCUCCAAGGAAUAUUGGUUUGUGCUGACAGCGGAGUCACUGUCCUGGUACAAGGAUGAAGAGGAAAAGGAAAAGAAAUACAUGUUGCCACUUGACAACCUGAAGCUGAAGGAUGUGGAGAAAGGUUUCAUGUCCACCAAGCAUGUCUUUGCCAUCUUUAACACAGAGCACAGGAAUGUUUAUAAGGACUAUCGGCAAAUUGAAUUGGCUUGUGAGUCCCAGGAGGAUGUGGACAGUUGGAAAGCAUCGUUCCUGAGGGCAGGGGUCUAUCCAGAGAGGGAGAAUGCUGAGAAUGAUGAGGGGGGCAGCAGUCCAGACACUUUUUCGAUGGACCCCCAGCUAGAGCGACAGGUUGAGACGAUCCGUAACCUGGUGGAUUCCUACAUGGGGAUCGUCAAUAAAUCGAUCAGGGAUCUGAUGCCAAAGACCAUCAUGCACCUCAUGAUCAACAAUACCAAGGACUUUAUCCACUCGGAGCUACUCGCUUUCCUGUAUUCAUCCACUGACCAAAGCAGCUUAAUGGAGGAGUCGGCUGAACAGGCACAGAGACGAGAUGAAAUGUUGCGAAUGUAUCACGCCAUCAAGGAAGCUCUCAGCAUCAUCGGGGACAUCAGCACUACCACCAUCACUGCACCCCUGCCUCCCCCAGUCGAUGAUUCCUGGCUCUCUGUUCAGUCAGGGGGGGGACACAGUCCAACACCUCAGCGCCGACCCCAUUCUGCAGUGGGCCCGCCAGGCCGACCUCCUGGGGUCCGGGGAGCGACCCCCGGCCCCAUGUUAAUACCAACUCCUGUGGUGGGUUUUGGGGCUCCUCCUAUUCCCUCCAGACCUGUUCCCACGAACGAUGCCUUCGGGGCACCACCUCAGAUUCCUUCUAGGCCGGCACGUAUCCCACCUGGACCUCCCGGCCUACCCAGCAGAAGACCACCCGCUGCUCCGACCCGGCCCACAAUUAUCCGAACAGCCGAGCAUUCCCUACUGGAUUAAACAGUGGGAUUUAUCCUGUGAAGCAUUUUAUUGUAGGCUAUAGUUGGUGAUUAGCCUGACCUUAUUCUCACGCAUUUAAUCCACUGAGGGGCAGUAGUGGUGUGAAGGGCAGGACCCACAUUUACCAGAGUGUUAUCCAGACCUCUUGGCUUUUCACACUAGCUGGGAGCACCAAGCUGUUCUUAACUGAACUUUAUUUAAACAAGAAUUUACAAAUUUGGUUGUUUGUUCCCCGAGUACUAGAAUUGGAGACGGUUUCUCUCACUCACUGCUCCCUUGAUGUUCCUGAUUGAGAAACUUUGCACUCCCUAAAUAAACAGCAAAAUCGUCUUAGUGCCUUUUUUCAAUUGUUGGGAUCGUUGUUCCCAGCAGUUUUGCAUAAAUGAGAGUUAUAACUAUGUUAACUUGUCCUGUCUCCAAGCAUCUACUUACAUUUUUUUGGGGGGUGGGAGGAAGUAGUAAACAUCCAAGGUUUUACACUGUCUGAUGCCACAAGUAAUUGGAGCAGUGUGUGUUGGGAUUUUUGAACAAGUCCUGCUCCCUCUCACCCUGUGGCCUUUAAUACACUGGAGAAGGUGAGGGUACAGAGUGGAGCUGGGAGAGAGGAGUUGUUACAUUACAAUGAAGUCAGCAGGCUGUGUCAGGAUGUGAAAGAGGAAUCAAUGGAAUUAGGGAGUGCAACAGCAAACUGUCCCCUCAGGAGAGGGUAAUUGGAGUGAUACAAAGGAGAGGAGUUAGAGAGAAUCAGUUCUAAUGGGGUAUUAGGGUAGGGAGGGGCAUUGAGGUAUAAAGGUGUGAAAACCUAGAUGAAAUAGUCUGAGAGAUCGAUCCCAGGCAGAGAGGUAUUCUGGAAGAGAUCCUUGGUUAGGAGGCUGGUAUUGAGGAGAGCAAAUCCUGGAGGUGUGCUGGAUUGUGGGAGAUGCACUGAAUCAUGCACUGACUGCAAGAGAUUUAUUUUGUGGCUGAUGAGUUGUUUUGUGGAAAUACAGUGGCUUGAAGAAUCUGACUGUGAUUUUUGAACUUUUUUAAAGCCCAAUGACCAGGGGUUUAUUCUCCAUCCAGUGACUGCAGGAUGGGAGAUUCAGAAAUGUCGAUGAUUUUUGGGUCAUAUGUAAAAGGCUGAGCUCAGCCAGUGAUGCCCUGUUGGCCGCCUACAGAUGUGUGCAUCCGUCUAUAGAUGGAUGUUUACCAUUUAUUCACCGCUGAAUAUUGUACUUGUUCUGACCUGUGCCUAGCUGCCUUAACUGGCUCAGCUGCUUAACCAUUGACAAUUACAAAAUUAAACAGCCUUAAGACUCAACCAUCUCCAUUCAUUAAAUGUUGUUGAAUGGUUGUGAUGGAGAGUUUAUGGUUCUCUUUGUCCUAGUGACUUAUGUUGUAUGUUUCAGGCUGUUUGAGUUCCUGCAGCUCUUCCCCAAGCUGUUAUCACCAGGUGUUAUCUCUCACUGAUCUGACACCAAUGCUGCCAGAUAUCAGGCAAUGUGAACUGGAGAACCAGCAGCAUUGCAUCUUGGGGAUUGGUGCCUAUGUAAGGUGGGUAGGGGGCUAUUGUGGGACAUUACUUGUUAAUUUGUCUCUACAUCACACUGGUAUGUAUUACUCAGUUUCUUGCUUUUGUUGGGUUCAGAGUAUUGUGACUAAGAGUCUGGGUGAAAUCAGUAUUCCUGGUGUGUAUGCAUAGCCCAGGAAAUUCUUGUAUUCAGUAACCUCCAGAUAAAGGAGUCUAGUAAAUAAUUUUUAAAUGGACUUGAGUGCAGCCAGCACUACUCAAUUCAAAGUGGAACUUUAUUAACCUGUCUUCAGUGCUUGAGCUCCUGGAGGCCUGCUCCCCCAUGGAUUACCGGCUCCCACCUUGCCUGCCCUCCCUCUUUUUUUUGGUCCUUGCUCAUCCUGCCCUGUACAGGGUACCAGGUCUCUCUUGGGUUACUAUCCUUUUGCACCUUGUCUUCAGUAUCUGCAGUUAUUCCUGUUUGAGCACUGUCUUAAGAGGAAGCAAUUCAGAUCAAUCUGGAAGCAUAGCCUGUAUCAAUUAAACUCCCCAAUCAGCUGUCGGGAGGAAACAUCUGUCAGUGCUGAAAAAUGAAAUAAAAACACAUGUUGGAAAUGCACAAAGCCUGGGAAUGAGAUGCUAAACUUGGGCCAGUUCUGGUUAAACUUGUUCUGUAUCAGAUACUAAUUAACUUGGUGUAUUUCCAACAUUUUCUGUGUUUUGUUCCAGUUUUCCAGCACUGGUUUCAAAGCUGGAAUCUGCUUCCCGAUGGAAAAUAUAGUGAUAACCACACAUUCCUGAUGUGUAUAGCCUGUUCAUCUUUUUGCUUAGAGGGUUGUAUGCCCAAACUUUGGGAGGUGAUGUUUGUAUGCCUGCUGGGUGCAUGAUGCUGCUGAACUCAGUUCCUGACCCAGAGGGAAUUGGGUAUGAAUAUUACGUAAAUCAGUGCUUUGUCCGACGGGGGAAGUUUGCUACAGGAAAUUCUUACUUUACUCGGAGUUAAAAUACAGUUUAUUUAGAUGAGGAAAGGGAAAAAUCAGGAAAGAACAACAUCGGACUCCUUUUGCAUGCACUCAAUUCUUUCCCCCACCCCACCCUCUCCCCCCCCGGCUCCGUCCAUCUCUCUUACCCGCUCUCUCUCUCUCUCUCACCCGCUCCCCCCGCUCUCUCUCUCACCUGCUUCCCCCACGCGCGCUCUCUCACCUGUUCCCCUCUCGCCCCCCCUCUCUCACCCAUUCCCCUUCUCUCCAGGGUAAAAUUGUCUGGAGUAGAAUUGGCCAAUAAAACAAAUAGAACAACACUAGAGAGGGAGUUCUUGGUGCAGGUGGGUAGAAAUGGGUUAAAUAUAGUAUUCAUCCAGCCCCACCUUAGAAACUAUUCUCUGAAACACCCUAAUGAUUGUGUCUUGCUGUCCUACUGUUUGUGGGACCAGUUUUAUAUAAAAUAUAUUAGUUGUUGAAUCAAAACUAAUUUCUCCAAGUUUGAGAGGAAGAUUCUGUUGGAAGCACUUGGGUCUAAUCCUUGAUGCUUUAUCACAAUUGCAAUAAAGAGAAUGUAACUUGUGCAUUUUUGGGCAGUGUCUUGAUGAAAGGAUGCUGCACCAAAUGUGGAAAAUUAGCUCAAAGCUCCUGUUGGUUUUUGUAGCCACACAAAUGGCAGAAAUUGAUCACAGAUGCUGAAGAUCUUUCUACAAACUCUUGAUUUCUAGAGAAAAAUAACAAUUAAUUAAUGAUGUUUUACAAUGUAACAACUGAAUCCUUUUCCUAUGAUUACUUCAUCAAAUUCAGGGACCUGUUCCAGUCAGGGCUUUGCUCUCAUUAACAGAUACCUGAAUGUUCUCACUCCUGGUGUGUGAUUCUAUUGACUGUUAACUGAUUUGAAAUGAAGUGCCUACAUUCUGUACGGUAAUGAGCUGAAAUAAAGGGAUCGACAGUAGAAGGAGCCUU